GAACUAUUAAACCUUGAAGUUUAUCAAUAGGACCACAAUAUCGGGACAAUUCAAAGUCUUAAAACCCCGGGGAUGUCGGCAUGUCGCUGAAUAUCAAUUACGAUCGAAUAUUUACUUGUUCCAACAAACAUUUAUAUCGGACUUAAGAGUCUCACCGACGCUGCCUAUACAAAAGGGAGUUUACUUGUGGGACAUACAAUACAAUACAAAUCUCACAUCUUUAACUCUUUGUCAAUCAACGCGGUUGUUCAUCCGGAUUACCCAAAUUAAAUAUUAACCCCUUAAUUCAAACCCGCAAUAUUCGUCUUCAGACAUAACGUCGCUAGUUUAGGUAAACUAGAGCCUAGGAACAACAAACUAGCUUAACUCUAACUUACCUAUCCACUGGCAUUUGUUUACAUCUCAAACUCAAACACCCACCCAUCUAACCCAAACCCACAAUGGCGCCUCCCAAAGGACCAAUCUCAACCCCCCUAACCACCCUCCUCGGGAUCCAGCACCCCAUCCUCCUCGCCGGCAUGGCCCGCGUAUCCGGGGGCGCCCUCGCCGCCGCCGUCUCCAACGCCGGCGGACUCGGGGUGAUCGGGGGGUUCCAAUACACGCCCGCACAGCUGCUCUCCAUAAUCGCGGAGCUAAAAGCCAACCUCGCAUCCCCAGACCUUCCCUUCGGCAUCGACCUCGCGCUCCCGCAAAUCGGCGGCAGCGCGCGGAAGACGAACCACGAUUACACCGGCGGCAAGCUGGACGAGCUGAUCGACAUCACCAUAUCGAGCGGAGCCAAGCUCUUCGUCAGCGCCGUGGGUGUGCCCCCGAAACAAGUCAUAGACCGCCUGCACGCCGCGGGCAUCCUGGUCAUGAAUAUGGUCGGCCACCCGCGCCACGCGCAGAAGGCGCUGGAUCUCGGCGUCGAUAUGGUGUGUGCGCAGGGCGGCGAGGGCGGCGGACAUACAGGUGCCAUCGCGUCCUCGGUGCUGAUUCCCGCUGUCGCGGAUGUGGCCAGGCGGUAUACCCCACCGAUGCUUAACGGUAGCCCCGCGCUCGUCGUUGCCGCAGGCGGGAUUAAUGACGGGCGCAGUCUUGCCGCGAGUCUGAUGCAGGGCGCUUCUGGGGUGUGGGUUGGGACGCGGUUCGUAGCGAGCGCAGAGGCGAAUAGUAGCGAGGAGCACAAGCAGGCCGUUGUGUCGUGCGGGUGGGAAGAUACGCAGCGCACGCUGGUGUUAACGGGACGGCCGCUGCGCAUGCGCACGAAUGCGUAUAUUGAGCGCUGGCACGCGCAGCCGUUGCGGAUCAAGGAGUUGUGCGAUAGGGGCGUGGUUCCGAUCGAGCAUGACUUCGAGGAGGGCGGGGAGGCGGCGGAGGAGAUUGAUCCGCCGCAUUUGAUGGGCCAGGUUGCUGGUGCGAUUACGCGGGUGCAGCCUGCGGGCGAGAUUGUGAGGGAGAUGGUGGAGCAGGCCGUGCAGAUGUUGAGGUUGGGCGGGUCGUAUAUCGGAGACGCGGGUGCGAGGGGGAGUAGUAAGCUGUGAGGCGAGGGUGACGCCCGGGGCGGAGAGGGAGUUCGGGUUCGGAUGCGGGUGCAGCAGGGACGGGACCCGAUCUGUUGAGCUGGUGACGAAAAUAGACCGUACGGGGGUUAAGGCUGGACGCUGAGUAUCUCCGGGUGCUACGAGUGUACGUACACACCGCAUACAUGAUGUGUGUAGGUAUAUUUGUACAUGCCGGCACCGAGUAUGAGUCGGUGACAGAGCGCCAAGGUGAUUGGCGGCCGGAAGAGGAACCGACCUGCCGGUAGUUGACUUCAGCGGCGCUGGAGAGAAUUCCAAGGUCAUUGCAUACAGUACGUACAU